AUGAAGCACUGCUUAUAAUUACUGCGGGGGCGAAACUCCAAACCUUGCCGAAUGGGCGCCACGGCAUGGGCAGCGCGCCAGCGAGUGUUUUCUUGCGGAGUCGUGCCAAACUCUUUCUCUUCCCAUUGACCGACACAAUGUCGACCGUUGUGCCUGAGCUCCUCGCCAAGAAGCGCAAGCGGGACGACGAGGCCGCUGCCAAGCGGGCGGCGGACGCUCUGACGUCGCGCAAGAAGGCCCGUGCCACUCGCAAGGACAUCUUCAAGCGCGCGGAGAAGUAUGUGGCCGAGUACCGCACUCAGGAGAAGGACAUUGUCCGCCUGAAGCGCGAGGCCCGGUCCAAGGGUGGCUUCUACGUGCCCCCUGAGGCCAAGGUCAUCUUCGUGGUGCGCAUCCGCGGUCUGAACAAGAUUGCCCCCAAGACCAAGAAGAUCCUGCAGCUGCUGCGCCUGAAGCAGCUGAACAUGGGCGUGUUCCUGAAGGUGAGCAAGCCCGUGCUCAACAUGCUCCAGCGCGUGGAGCCCUACGUGGCUUUCGGCUACCCCAACCUCAAGUCGGUGCGGGAGCUGAUCUACAAGCGCGGCUACGCCAAGAUCAAGAACAACCGCAUCCCCCUGACCGACAACCGGAUCAUUGAGGAGAACCUGGGCAAGCACGGGCUGAUCUGCAUGGAGGACCUGGUGCACGAGAUCUACACCUGCGGCCCCAAGUUCAAGGAGGUGAGCACCUUCCUGUGGCCCUUCAAGCUGUCGUCGCCCAACGGCGGCAUGGACAAGAAGCGCCUGCACUACGUGGAGGGCGGCCAGGCCGGCAACCGCGAGGACAAGAUCAACGCCUUCAUCCGCAAGAUGAACUAAGCGGAUGGUCUUGGACAGGCGGCGGCGGCAUGGACGCUGUGCAGGAAGGGCUCGGCUGGCGGCGGGCGUUUGCAGCAGCGGCGGCUGAGCGCGGCGUGGGUCUGGGGCCUCUGACCGCGUCGCGCGCCGUGGAGACGCGUUUUAGCUGCCCGUGUGGGUGCGAAACCGCUGCGGGGUGGGGUGUGCGCUCCUGUGGAGCAGCCCCCGCCCCCGCCGCCAGUUGGAAGGGCGCGUGGGCCCUAGUGCUGGGGCCGGCUUGCCGGUCGGGAGAGUGUAAUUCAAAACCCGU